ACAAUAUUUUGUGGGGGGAGCUUUCUUUGAUAUGAGUUUCUACUUUUUUGCAUGUGUAAUGACUGCAUAUGCGUAGAGUUUUUGUGUGUUUGUAGCUUGAUUUUUCUCAGUGAUGUUAAUUCGUGAGAUGGCCAACAAAUAGAAAGUAUGGAAUUCCCCGAUUGAAGGUGGAACCUGGUCAAGUUUCCUGACUCCAGAAUACAGUUUCUAUAUAUGUAGUCUGGAUCUACAUGCAAUGUCCAUUGCGUCAUUCAUAAACAAAAGGGCUACUUGUACUGGAAGAGGACUGUUUGGCCUGGGCACUUAAGAACUAGGCCUAUGAAAGUAUUUUGAUACAGGGCAAUUGACAGGGUUUUGGAGCUUGAACUGUUCGUAUUGCAAUCCUCCAUAACCAUGCCAUUCCGGAUUGAUUGGCUAAACAUGCAUGACAUGACUUAACAUCUGACUUCGCAUGGGUGUUUACAAACAAGAUCUGGACAAGGAUUUGAUAAUACCUGACUGGCACACCUGUGACUUUGCAUAUCGGUACGUAUACUCAAAGCCUACAGGUAGCUUCACUGAUACUGUGUGAGUACAGACAGUACCGCCCCACUGCACGUCAUCAUGGCAGCUUUCGGGGACGAUGAGACCAUGACCAGCAGCAUGUACAGCGCCAUGCAAGGAACACAGCCCCUGAAGCGUUUCGAGCCCUCCGUGCAAAAGUUCACCAAGACUGUCGUCCCAACAGAUCUGGAGAGAUUGCGACAGCACCGAGUCAACAUUGAGAAGUUUCAGAAACAGAAAAACUGGGCAAAGCUGACAACAGAGCAAGUCAAUGCAAGGCAGACAGUGCAGCAACUCAAAGCCAAUAUACGCGAGAUGGAGAAGACAAGAAGUCUAGUCAUAGAAUCAGACCUCCCGUCUUUUGAUAGCAGGGUGUCCCCCAUCAAGGAGGAGGCCAUCCUUGCAGUCAUGCAGUUUAUUGAGAUGAACAACCUUGACCAUUCGCCACUUGGGGAGGUACGCCCAAAAGACUCUGAUGAGUCCGACACGGACUCUGGUUUGAGAAAGAGACAUGUUGACAGUACAGAAGAUUUUGAAGUGAUUGCCGCCGAGGAUGAAGUCAGUGAGGAUGCCUCCGUCCAGGCCGACGAUACAAGAGAGAGAGAGUUGGAGCAUCUCAUGCAGCAGCAGACCCUCUUGCAGAGCAAAGAAUCCAUGGAAUCGCUGGAGAACCUGCAGAAAGACCUUGUGUCCCUGAAUUCCCUCCUGCACCAGUUUGCGACACACGUCAGGGUUCAAGGCGAAGCUGUUGACAACAUUGCUGAUAAUAUAGACAAGUCGGAGGAGAAUGUUACCACUGGUCGCAGACACCUAAUCAAGGCCUCCACAAUAAAAGCUGCCGUGUUGCCUGUGGGCGGCGCAAUCAUCGGUGGUUGUCUCGGCGGCCCAGUGGGUCUGUACGCCGGCCUUAAGGUCGGCACUGUGGCCGCCAUAGGGGGCAGCGCUCUGGGCUUCGUCAGUGGCCGGCUCUUGAAGAAACGGAGGGACAAACAGGCAAGCGUGGAGCUGGAGGAGAUGGACAGGGCUCAACAGCCGAGAAGAAGAGCCUCUGAUCCGGGGCCUUCCAGCAUGGAGAAGAAAAACAGAUGAAGCUGGGCUAGCGACUCUGGGGAAAAGGGAAGAAAAAAAGUGCACCAAGAACAGCAGGGACGCUGGCAGUGAGAGUGAAUAUCCUCAGCAGUUAAAUGUAAGACUUGACGGGGUUGUUUUGCCGAGGACUAUAGUUUUGAUCGGCUGCAGUAUCAUCCCAACCCUUGGUGUUUAAGCACACAGUUUAUCUGCUUUGUGACGGAAUCCACGGGAAAUAAUGCGCCCAGUAUACUUGAAAACGUGGUCGAUGAGAUUUUUUCAAAAUUUAUGCACCUGCUUCAACUCGGCACAAAGGCUUUGCUAGUUCUGAAUUUCUCAGUGCGUUGUGUGUUUCUUUUUACAAUUGAACUUGACUCUCCUCAGUUUAUCAGUUUAUUUAAACGCAUAGAAAUCGGAAGUUCUAUGAGAAUCUGCAUGUUUUUCAUUUGUUUAUUUAUUGUAAACUGCAUGAUGUGACUUGCCAUAUCUGUGCACAUAUCUUGCUUUCUUCGGGAAUUCUUGUAUGUGUAAUAAAUUGAAAUCUAGAAUAGCUUCCCAGUUCAGUCAUUAGUGUCAAGGUAUUAAUACCUUAAAGAUAUGCCGCACAAAUGCGAGGUGUUUAACAAAAACGUAAGUUGUUGAAAAUUCUUCUUAACCAAGAGUUAUAGGCCAGGGCCGUUUUCCAAUACUCGACUUCGUCUCCGUCUCAGGCCUCGUCCCCAAAACCAGUCCCCGAUUGUGGGCC